AGAUGUUGGUUGCCGCUCGAAACAUAUUACGCAAGAAGGCACGCCUAACGGCCAUUUGGGUGAGCGGAAUUGAUGUUAAAUGGAUGUCCUUUCAGCUCUCUUAGCGAUACCAUAUGAUACGCACAGUGCCAUCGGCCAAUAUCGGUUUUGUAUUCAGACGCCGUCGAUUGCGAGCGCUUCUUCAAGGCACGCCACCAUGUGCUCUUUCCGAACAAAACAUUUUUAUUACAUGGAACAGGUUUUUAAUCGCUAAAACAGCAGAAGCCGAAAAAAGCAAGCUUUAUCCGGCUUCUGUGAUGAUUUGGACGCAAUCACUCCCGAUGGCAAAAUGUCGCUGAUUUUUGUGCCUUAGCCAAGCAAAAUAGCGCUCCUGCGCACAAGGCGAAGAUUUUAAACGGCUCCAAAGCAUCAAGAACUUCAUUACUUUUGCAGCUUGGUCUCCAUGUUCUUCGGAUUUGAAUCCCCUUGACUACAGCCUCUGGUCAGUUCUUGAGGCCAAAGCCUGCGCACACCAGCACAAGAAUGUGUAGUCUUUGCGACGUGCUUCUCAGUAUGCAUGGGAGGAAAUCGACGUGAAAUACCUCCUCGUGCAGAUUUCUCAAACAUCUCGAGCUUGUGUUUGCCCAAAGGAUAGACUUUUGGACUGUAAAAUCAAUUCCAUGUGAUCGAUUGUUGAGUAAACGUUAU